UAUCACUUUGUGACGCCAUUUCGUAACAGCGGGUGGAAGUUGCUACGGCGGAAAAAGAGUAGCACCAUGGUGAAGAUCUUCGUAGGAAACCUUUCGGAGGACACCACUGCGGAGCAGCUGCGAGCCCUCUUCUCCCAGUACGGCAAGAUCUCGGAGUGCGACGUGCUGAAGAAGUAUGGCUUCGUGCACAUGGAGGACAAGGCGGAGGCGGAGGAGGCCAUCCGGCGGCUGCACCACCACCAGCUCAACGGCCAGACCAUCAACGUGGAGAUGAGCCGCGGCAAGACCAAGAACUCCACCAAGCUGCAUGUAGGCAACAUCAGCAGCAGCUGCACCAACCAGGAGCUGCGCGCCAAGUUCGAGGAGUACGGCCCUGUGGUGGAGUGCGACAUCGUCAAGGACUACGCCUUCGUGCACAUGGAGCGGGUGGAGGAUGCCAUGGAGGCCAUCAACGGGCUGGACAACACAGCGUUUCAAGGCAAGCUGAUGAGCGUGAAGCUUUCCACUAGCCGGCUGCGCACGGCUCCGGGGAUGGGCGACCGGACGGGGUGUUAUCGGUGUGGGCAGGACGGCCACUGGUCCAAAGAGUGCCCGAUGGACCAGAACGGCUCGUUUGACGGCGGGGCCAACGGAUUCGGCCCCUCCAGGUUCAGCGGUCGCGGCCGUGGUUUCCCGCGCGGGCUGGGUGGAGACCCGGGCUUCGACGGCGGCCACGGUCCGGCGCCUGCCUUCGCCAGGGGGCCUGGGUACGGCGGCGGGCCCGGGUACGGCAGGGUGGCCGGGUACGACGGUGCUAUGGGUUACAGGGCGCCGGCCGGCUACGGCGGUGCUGGCGAGCAUAGCUUCGCCCGGGCGUUCGGCGGCGAGGCCGCGUACGGUGGUGGCGGCGUGGGAUACGGCGCGGCACCCGCCUUCCCGCCACGGCGCGCUGCCUUCGAGGAGAGGGACCCGUACGGCGUGGUGGACUUCUACGAGAAGUACCGGGCCCGUCCGUACGGCGCCGGCCUCUACGAGGAUCGCCGUGCCCCCGGCCUAGCCCCUCCCCUCUCCCUGAACCCCGCCUCCUCCUCGGCCCUUGACCCCUUCGACCGACGCUCCCUCCCCGCCUCCUCGGCACCCGUGUCCUCAUACUACUCCCGCGACCGGAGCCCCGUGCGGCGGGGGCCCGCUGCGCCGGCGGCCGGCUUCUCGUGCGAGCGCUCGCGGCUGUCCCCCACGUCCGCCCUGUCCAGGAGCUCGGGCUAUGACGGGCUGCGGGCCAGGGAACCGUACGGAGACCGCCCGCGGUAUGCGUAUUAACCCCCGCACCACCAGGUGUGUCCGCCCCGCACCUCCACGGACGCGCGUUUGCUUGCGGUCGCUCGUUUCGGCUCGAGGCGCGUUUUCGGCUCUGCCGCGAUUGGGCGACGGUGGCGUCCCGGAAUGUCUCUUGUUCUUCUGUCAGUUUCUUUUUUAGGUUUUUCAUUUGUUUGCUCCCAGAAUGCAGAAUGCGUGUAUAGUUUCAUUUCAAUUUAGCUCCUUUUUUGUUUGUUUUUUUUUAUACACGAGUGUAUGUAUUCCUGCUUUUUUGAGACUUUUAGGCAAAAUUCAACUGCAGGUGUUAUUAGGCAGAACUAGAACUUGAUGUCAGCUUUCUUUCUAGUUUUUAAUUCUUUUUCUGUAGUUUAACUCCCUCAGAUCUCUUAACAUGUAUUUUUCUAUCUGCUCUAAGAAGGUUAUUUCUUGCACACACUAACGAAACACUCUUGCAGGUUAUGAUAGUGUGUAGUAUUUUCUCUGCUUACAUGGGUGGAUCCCAGCAUGUAAAAAUACCUUUGGAUUCCGCUAGCACAAGUUAGAAAGCUGGUAGCGUAAUUCACCCGCAGCAUUGCAAAGCUAAUACACUGUGGAAGUGGCAUGUGUCUUGUAAUCUAGGUGAUCUGUUCUCCACUCCCAUUGAACCAAAGUAUAUGUGAAGUGUUUGUACAACUUGCAUACUGCAGAUGAGCUCUUUGCGUGAAGAAAAACUAGCUGUAACCGGUUUGGUUGUUGGGGGUGGGGUGGGUUCAAAUGGCCUGUCAAUGAAUUGUGGAGGGAAAAGUGUUCAAUACAGCACAUGUUUCUUUUAAAUGGUCCUCUGCUUCUUCCGUAUGGUAAGUUGGAAUAAACACAUGUUGAAAACAGACUCCGGUAUGUGUAAGCAAACAUUGGUGGCUGAUGAACUCCAAAGUGGGAGGGGAGAGCGCUCAUUGAUAAGCUGAGGGUAUCCUCUCCCUGCUUUUGAUUGUUCGGCGUGGUCAGCGAGCACACCUGUUUACCUGGGGUUCAGCCACAGGCAGGUCAUUCCUUUUUUCCCUGAUUGCGUCUGAUAGCCUUGCCUUUGUGUGCAUGACAUAACCUCUUCUGUCACAAAAUCACAAAAAGCCUUUUCAUUAAAACCAAUCUCCAGUCUCAUUUUAAGCCAAAUUAUUCAGUGCAGCGCAGCUUCUUAGUACAUAAAUGACUUAAAACAAAGUAAAGGGCAUUUGGCUGCCUGGGAGUCACGAUUGCAGGGAGGGGCAAGCUUGCUUAUGGUGAAAAUGGCCAGUUUGAAGGUAAGUCCUCUGCCUCCCCUGUGUCCAGCUCACCAGCCACCGAUGGUGGAGUGACCGCGUGUUAAAGGACCACAUCACCGAUGCCUGCGAAUGGCAGCUGCUCUAUGCUCUCAGGAUCCUGUCUGCGUGUACGUAAUGUAAGGACCUGUUUAUUACAAGGCCAUCAUGUAAACCAAAAUUUUGGACACACAAAAGGACAUUUUUCAGCCUCUGCAGCUGUAGAUCUAGGGGCCCCUAGAGGUUCCCCUAGAGUCACGGGUUUCUGUAACAUGCAGGUGCUGUGCCUGGAGUCAUUGCGUUGUGCAGCUUUGUAAUGUGGAAGAAGCACUGAAGACCAGUGUGGUCUGGGCUGGUCAUCCUGUCCCAUCCCUGUGAGGAUUUGUACCUUUGUGUUGUGAAUUAGAGGAGGUAUUGCUUUAUUUUUGUUCAUUCAUACUGAAAUUGCGGGAAAGAUUGUGCAACUCGUGACAGUGUGAACACAUACAAUACUUCCUUAAAUUUGUCGCUUGUUGUCAAGCGUAGUGUGCCGUUGCGGUUAGAUUGAAUACCCCCCCUUGGUAUGUGGAACUUUGCGUCAUCGCGGAGUCCAGCGCAGCCCUCAUCCGUGUGCAGUUUUGUGCUCUGUAUUUUAGGUAGCUACGCAUGCGUUCACUCCCCCAGCCUCCUGACAAAAUAUCUGUCUGUUACUCUGGCAUUUUACUGCUUCGUAAGGAUCGAUCUUCUUUACCGCUAAAUGUUGACAUGUGGAAGACUAUCUUGGUUUAUCUUUAAACUAAAAGCAGGGGGAAAAGGCAUGCAUUUGUCACUUGUUUUGUUUAGAACAGGCAGGCAUGUGAUGCUUGUUUUAGCAGCAGUAGUUAUGGGGCGUGGGGGCUGCUGGUGUAUACAUGAGAUCUUGUUAGGACUCUGCUUUCAGGUCAGACUCACCGUCAUAACACAACAGGUCACCAUUUUACCUUUCGGCUACGGGGACAAGAAUGUCAGGCUGUGGGCAGCGUUUCUGUAAAGGUUUCUCUUUCUCAAUAAAACUCGGUGAAAAAAA